AUGACUGAGAAGAGCGCCUCCAGCACCAAGUCCGAGGCUAUCGAGAAGGCCGUGGCCUUCGCCAUCCCCAUGCCCCGCGACAGCCUGCUCAGCAACGCCGACGGCGAGAUGAGCGCCUCGACCCCACUCACGGUCAACUCGAUCGCGUACCUCACAGAAGGCAUCGAGGCCUUCUCCGUCCACCCCGACUUCAACGGGGGCGGCAGCGUGCUCGUCCUGUGCCGCAGCGAGGACGGCGGGGUCGGGUUCCGCGUGAGCGGGUUCCACCUGUCGGCCGUGAGCCCGACAUUCAAGGCCGCCCUCGUGGGCCACCUGCACACGGCGUGCACGCUGCACGUAGCCGACAGAGCGGACGACAUGGCGGCCUUUCUGCGCCUGUUCAAGCUGGCCCCGAGCGGCGCGUGGGCCAAGUUCGACCCCCCCAUGGCGACGUACUACCGCGUGCUGCUGCUCCUGGAGAAAUACCGCUGCCACGACUUUAUGCGCGCCGCGUUCGCGGCCAAGGUCGCCGGGUCGGCGCGCUACGCCGGCGACGGGGCGGGCUGGGAGCCGUUCUACCUGCUUAUUAUGGCGCACCGCCUGCGCUCGGCGAGUAUUUGGGCACACAUCCUCCCCCGCCUUGCCAAGUGGCGUGUCGACCCCGCGACCAUGACGGCCGAGCAGGUCGCUGUGCUUGGUCCUGAGCUGUAUCGCAUCGUCGUGGGCAUCUCGGCUUACUCUGCCGGCGGGAGGGCGUUCCAGGACGUCAAGGGGGUGUCGGUUACUUACCCGGAUUACAACUUCAAUGCACUGCUCUCGACCUUAUACAAUCUGGAGCACAACCGAGGCGGGCGGACGUAG